AUGUCUUACUACUUCUCAAUCAUCGGAAGUCGGGACAAUCCAAUAUUUGAAAUCGACUUUGGCACCUCAAAGAUUGGCGGCGAUGGCGUGGCCCGGUUUCGAGAAGAAGCCAAACAUAUGAACCAAUUCAUCGUACAUUCCGCUUUGGAUGUAGUCGAGGACGCGCAGUGGAGUGGCAACGUCAAGUUCAUGCUUCUCAUGAACCCGGAUCCCGCGGCAACAGCAUACUCGAGUUUCCAGACCUCGCCUCCUUCACGCCCGGCAACCGCGAGACAAAGCACCCUCAUCGCCAACAAUCCAACCAGCCAGCAGACCGAGGAAGCCGUAAGACAGUUCAUGCUAGAGGUCUACGAAGCAUGGAUGAAAUGCAUUAUGAAUCCCUUCUACGCCACCGACCAGCCCGUCACGAGUCCCAUCUUCCGGAGUCGCGUGAGCACGGCAGCGAAGAAGUAUCUCUGA